UCAGCUCUCGGGGCAGUGCUGAGACAAUGCUUUCCUCUCUCUUUCCCGUGCCUCCGCAGGUGGUCCUGGUGACUGAGAUGGCAUCCACUCUAAAGGUCCUAGGCUCUCUGUGGGCUCUGCUGUUCCCUCUAUCUGGGCUUCUUGUACACAGCCAGAACCUUUCCUGGAGGGAAUUUAUGAAACAGCACCACCUGAGCACAAACUGGGAAUUCAGCAAGUACAAAUGCAACGAUCUGAUGAGGGAAAGAGGCAUUCCAAAAGACAAGAAAUAUCACAUCUUCAUCUAUACCUUAUGGCACAAAAUUGAGCGUAUAUGCCUGAGGAACUGGAGAGACCGCUACAGAAAUGUAUAUAUAUGGGCCCCAGAUCCCUUCAAGACACUCAAGUGCAUCCGGAAGAACAGCAAAAGCAGUUACAAAGAUUACAAGAGCUACAGCUACAUUGAAUUCCAUUGCAGCAUGAAUGGGUUUGUUGAUGUUGUAGAGGACAUGAGGUUCCUAGAGGAUAUCGACAACUAG